UCUAAUCUGGUAUUCCAGUAUCCAAACACUCCCUUUUAGCCCACCUAAACUCUGUAAGUUUGUAACGCUCUAAUCCUCUCUCCUUCUCGAUCUUUCUCACACACAUCUCUCUAUCUUUCUUUCUCUCUCUCUCAUAUAUAUUCCGUGUUUGACCAGCAAAACUUUUCCUUCGUCGGAGACUUAGGGUUUCGAUCUGCGCUCCUUUUUUCCAGUUAUCCAAACAGACACCUUCCUCUUCAGCUCCCUUUUCCUCUAUUCUCAGAUUUACACCUUCGAUUCUGUUGUAAUUCCGAUUUUGCUGAAGAAGAUUUGAUCUUCCCUCAUUCUUCGAUUCAAAAUCAAUUUGAGGUUACCUUUGCUUCUUUCACUUCUCAAUUCUUUCUUUUUUUUUCCUCUUUGACACUGAAAAUGGCGGGCCCCGAGAGUCCAGACGGUUCUUCGCCGCCGACGAGGUUUGGCAUCACAAAGCCAAUCUCCGUUGCCGGUCCCACCGAGACUGAUCUUAUACGCAAUAUAGAUUUGGAAAAGUUCUUGCUUGAUUCGGCGCUUUACGAGAGUGAGGAAGAAGGUGCGAGGAGAGAAGAGGUUCUGGCUCGCAUUGGUGAGAUUGUAAAAGGUUGGGUGAAGCAAUUAACCCGCCAGAGAGGCUACACAGAGCAGAUGGUGGAGGAUGCUAAUGCUGUCAUUUUUACUUUUGGUUCUUAUCGUUUGGGGGUACAUGGGCCAGGGGCUGACAUAGAUACAUUGUGUGUGGGGCCAUCUUAUGUAAAUCGAGAUGAAGAUUUUUUUAUAAUCUUGCAUAAUAUUCUGGCUGAAAUGGAAGAAGUUACUGAGCUUCAGCCAGUUCAGGAUGCUCAUGUCCCAGUAAUGAAAUUCAAGUUCCUGGGGAUAUCAAUUGAUCUUCUUUAUGCAAGCAUAUCUCUUUUGGUUGUUCCAGAAGACCUGGACAUAUCACAUGAGUCUGUGUUGUACAAUGUUGAUGAGCCAACCGUUCGAAGUCUUAACGGCUGCAGGGUUGCUGAUCAGAUUCUUAAACUUGUGCCAAAUGUUGAGCACUUUCGUACGACACUCAGAUGUUUAAAGUUUUGGGCUAAAAGGCGAGGUGUUUAUUCAAAUGUCACUGGAUUCCUAGGUGGUGUAAAUUGGGCUCUUUUAGUUGCUCGGGUAUGCCAGCUCUAUCCCAAUGCAAUUCCGAGUAUGCUGGUAUCUCGAUUUUUCAGAGUUUAUACACAGUGGCGUUGGCCAAACCCUGUGAUGUUAUGUUCAAUAGAAGAGAAUGAACUAGGGUUUCCUAUAUGGGAUCCUCGCAAAAACCCUAGGGAUCGACUUCAUCACAUGCCAAUUAUAACUCCUGCAUACCCUUGCAUGAAUUCUAGCUACAAUGUCUCAGCAAGUACUCUUCGUGUAAUGAUGGAACAAUUCCACCAUGGUAACAAGAUCUGUGAGGAGAUUGAGCUGAACAAAGCCCAGUGGAGUGCUCUGUUUGAUCCGUAUAUAUUUUUUGAGGCUUACAAAAACUAUUUGGAGGUGGACAUAAUUGCAGCUGAUGUUGAUGAUUUGCUAGCUUGGAAGGGAUGGGUGGAGUCUCGACUUAGACAGCUUACAUUAAAGAUAGAGCGGGACACAAAUGGGAUGCUGCAGUGCCAUCCUUAUCCAAAUGAAUAUGUAGACAUGUCCAAGCCAUGUCCGCAUUGUGCUUUCUUUAUGGGAUUGCAAAGGAAAGAGGGUGUUAGGGGUCAAGAAGGACAGCAAUUUGAUAUACGUGGAACAGUUGAUGAAUUUAGGCAAGAGAUAAAUAUGUAUAUGUUUUGGAAACCAGGGAUGGAUAUUUUUGUUUCUCAUGUUCGUCGAAAGCAGCUUCCCUCUUUUGUUUUCCCUGAUGGUUAUAAACGUUCUCGAUUGUCAAGGCACAUAAGCCAGCAGCCUGAAAGGCCUUGUGACAAUGCUGUGGGGUGCUUGUCUGGUUCUUCUGAAAGAGGUCUCAAGAGGAAAAAUGAUCCUGAAAUGGUGGAUCUGAAGCCUGACAAACCAGAGAAGCGAGUCUCUAUUAGUCCGCAACUACUGGAGUCAGUUUCUCCAGAAAGUAGUAGAGGUAGAUCUGGUGGAACUUCUCAAGUCAGCUUCAGUGAAUGGGUUAGAUUAGAGUGUUCAGUAACUGGGGAUGUAGAUAGCAAUGCUGAGGUUAGGUCAUCCAGCGGCCAGUUAGGGGGUGAAGAGGGUAUCAUAGGAAAUCAUGUGCAGAUGGGCGGAACGGUUGUUCAUGACUGUGUCACCCUAAGAGAGAAAAUUUUUGUAUGUAAAUCUAAUUUUCCAGAAGUUAGGAAUGAGGUAAUGCUAACUGAAGCAGUGGAGAAACCUUCACCCAGGAGGGAGUUGCUUGCUUCAUGUGAAGUACCUAAUUCUCUAGCUGAGGAAACAUGUCAGAGUGGACUGAAUGGGGACAAAGGUGGGAUGGCAUACAUGGAAAGUGCGGAGACGGGAUCUACUGGGAGACUGCUAAAUUGGACAGAGGGUGCUGUUGAUGCUGCUCAAGAAUUAGUCAAACCAUGUAAUCAGACAAUUGGUAAAGAAAAUGCUGAAAGCGUAUUCGAACCAAGUUGCAAUACUCAAAACCUCAGUUGCGAGGGUGAUGUAUGUGCGGCAGAUCUUGUUUCGCCUUUGGAAAAUGGGUGUUCCAAUGCAAGCGGAGUACUUCAAGACAGUUUGUCCGAAGACUUGGAGUUGAUAAUGCUGAACUGUUGCACAGACAAUGUCCUAACUGGUGCAUAUGUGGUGGCAGGUCCUGCACCACCAUACGUGCUAUGUUUCCAGUAACUGUGCAUAAGAACCUGACUAUGUUUUGUGUCUAAGGCUCAGAUACAUAACCCUCCCUUCCUGCUUAUUGUCUCUAGUAUCUUGUUGGUAGCCUAACUUGUUCUUUUGCCUCUACUUUUGUCUUUUAUAGCCAAAUAUUGCACUUGGGGUGUUAUAACUUCUGAAGAUGGAGCUAGGUCAGAAUUUAUGAAAAAGCUAGUGAUAAGGCAUGUUUUUUGAAACUUAUUUUUUUUUAAUGCAAAUCAUUAUAUCUUUAUGCUGUCCUGUUUGUUGUGUAUGGCUCUUCUAUGGCAGGUUAAGGCUCAAGUCCAUGGUGUAAGGGUAUGGGAGGUGACUGUCACUAAACAUAGAUCAUUUCUACAAAAGGAGGGAGCGGGCAACUUGGUAAGUGCCACAUUAAUUGCUGGCUUUCAUUAGGAUUUUCCCAGGUGCACAUUGUGUGCCGUAUUGCGAGCUGAGAGCUGGGGCCAGCAACAAAGGCCUAUGCAUUAGAUUUGGGUUAGCAUUAGAUUUUAGGUAUCACUUUUCUGUGCUAUGCUGCUGAAGCUGAGAGCAUUGUAGAAGGCUAUUAAUGUGUGAAGUUCAUUGGUGCUUUGAAGAGUAGUCUCUAUGUUCUACUUUUCCUAGUGGGUACGGAAUGGGAAGUUUCAUAUCCUUCUGUCGAUGAAAGAAUAUUUUGAACUGGGGCGCAAUGUUUCUUGACAAGAGGAAAUUGAGUGAUGGGGGUAUGCCUUAUCUCUUUUUAGGCAUUGUAAUACUUCAUUUACUGUUGUAGCCUGUUGGAUUGCUUCCUUGUAAUAGUUUCUCCAACGUUGUAGUUUUUAGGCUUGCUUCCUUGUAAUAAGUAGAAAGUUCUAUUAAACCAUGGUUUAUCUUGCAAUC